AUGUGUUCUCCCAGGAAAACAACUACUUCAGGCAUCAGAUUACGGUGUAAAUGUAUCAGGAAUUUGGAGCCCAGCAUGAAAAAGGGCACCAGGCCCUCGGCUUCCUCUGCCAGGGCCACGGCGGGCGCUAAAACCCAGGGCAAACCAGAUGGCACCGCCAUUAUGGGCAUAGGUGGCAAAACAGCAGCCAAGACCCCAAACUCAGCUCCUCUGUCAAAGACAAGAAGCAGCGAUGAUCUCCCUGCAGUGACAGCUGGAAGUGGAGGAACCUCUCUGGGCAGUACAACCAGAACUAAGAGAACUGGCAUGUCUUCAUCCCAUCAGAGUUCCAGCAACCCAGAAAACAAAACUAAGACCAUCUCAACAUUAUUGGUCUGUUUUGCAUCUCUCUCAGGUAGACGUGGUAUAUCCUCUGUUGCUAAGGAGUCUGGAAUGCCACGGGAAAGCCUGCGGGAGCGCUCCAGAACCACUGUUGCUAAGAAGUUGUCUGGCACUGCUGAAUCUGCAGCGGCGAAAAGGUCCCGAUGCCGCACCCUGGCCGAGUCUGAGGCCCGGAUGAGUAAAUCCCGCUCGGACAGCCAGAUCAAUAACAAAGCCUUAUUGGAGUCCAGAGUGAAGGAGCUACUGGGCUUGGCAAAGAGUAAAGACGUGGAAAUCAUGCACUUGCGCACGGAGCUCCGAGGCAUGAAGGCACAACUGGGCAUACUUGAGCCGGAUGAGGACGGGAAUGGGGAGCAAGUUGGUACAAACUCUCACGAUGGCGAGAUCCCCCCGGAAAAAGAGACCGUCCCUUCCAUUAGCGCAGCUGACGUUGAGUCCACGCUCCUCCUGCUCCAAGACCAGAACCAGGGCAUCCGAGGAGAGCUAAACUUGCUGAAGAGUGAAAACCGUAUGCUGAAAGAUCGGCUCAACGCGCUGGGCUUCUCCCUGGAGCAGCGGCUGGACAGCCCCGAUAAAAGCCUCCGGUACCCUUCGCUCAGCCCAGAGCCAGCAACAGGUGGUAGCAGGAAUGGUGGCGGUGGAGCACGGGCAUCCUCCACCGAGGGCUCUGCCCGGGGCUCCACGGAGGACCUGCUGUCUGGGCCGAGGCGCGUGGGCUCCUCGGACGCGGUCGACAGCGAAUGCAGCGAGGUCUACCAGCCCAUCACUUCCAGUGACGACGCCCUGGAUGCUCCAUCAGGCUGUGGCUCAUCUUCAGAAUCCGAGGCCGGGGGUCAUCGGUCGCGACGGGACAGCAGCGGCAACACCAGCGAGGUUUCUGUGGCCUGCCUGACGGAGCGCAUCCACCAGAUGGAAGAGAACCAGCACAGCACGGCAGAGGAGCUACAGGCCACGCUGCAGGAGCUGGCUGAUCUCCAGCAGAUUACACAGGAGCUGACCGCUGAGAAUGAGCGGCUGGGCGAAGAGAGGGCUAUCCUAGUCGACUCGCUCUGUCAGCAGGGAGAGAGGCUGGACCUUUACAGCAGGCAGCUGGAUUACUUCCGAGGACUGCUCGACGAGCACCGCGUGCCUUACGCCGAAGCCAGCGAAGACGUGAAGAGCGGCAGAUACGUGGAGCUGGAGCGUCGCUACGCCGAGCUGACGGAGGGCUCGCGGUUUGAAAGGGAGCAGUUGUUGGGUGUACAGCAGCAACUCAGUGGAGCGCUGAAGAUGGCCGAGCAAGAGAACGCGGAGGUGCAAGGCCUUAUGGCAGCUCUGAAGGAGAGGGUACACCUGUCGGAAAGGGCCGUUGAAUUGGAACGGAGGGAGAAGUCCGUGGCCAGGGUGGAGCUGGAGGCUCUUAGGGUUGCCGCUGCGGAGGAGCAGGUGGAGUUGAACCGAUGUAAAAUGCAGCUGGAACAGGAGAGGCAAAGGGUGGCUCAGCUCCUCGCCAUCCAUAACGCCGGGGACAAAAGUGACAUCCGGCACCUGCUGGAGAGCGAGAGGCUGGAUAAGGAGAGGGCAGAGAAUAAAGCAGCAGAGCUGCAAGAGGAACUGGGACACACACGCAAAGAGGCCGCUCAGCUGAAGGAUGCCAUCAGUAAACUGGAGGGGGAUUUCCGAGCGUUCCGUGACGACGUGCAGAAACAGCUAGCGGAACAAAAGCGCGUUCUGGAGCAGCAGUGUACCGAGCUGGAGGAGAAAGACACAGAAAUCGCUGACAUGAAGGAGACCAUCUUUGAAUUAGAGGACGAGGUGGAGCAGCACCGUGCUGUCAAGCUCCAUGACAACCUCAUCAUCUCUGACCUGGAGAAUUCUAUUAAGAAACUUACAGACCAGAAAUAUGACAUGGAAAAGGAAAUAAAGAUUCUGCAUCGCAAGCUGCGGGAGGAGUCAGCUGAAUGGCGUCAGUUCCAGGCUGAUCUGCAAACAGCAGUGGUCAUUGCCAAUGACAUCAAGUCAGAGGCACAAGAGGAGAUAGGGGACCUGCGGCGCCGCCUGCUGGAGGCUCAGGAGAAGAACGAGAAAAUGACCAAAGAGCUGGAGGAGCUCAAGAACCGCAAGCAGGAUGAAGAGCGGGGACGUGUAUAUAACUACAUGAACGCUGUGGAGAGGGACCUGGCUGCUCUGAGGCAAGGCAUGGGUCUGAGUCGACGUUCUUCAUCUUCCUCUGAGCCCUCCCCCACUGUCAAAACCCUCAUCAAGAGCUUUGACAGUGCUUCACAAGGUCCAGUUCCAGGCAGUCCCACAGCCGCAGUGCCAGCGGUGAGUGCUCCCAUUUCCAGAACACCUCUGAGCCCCAGCCCCCUGAAGACUCCGCCGGCUGCAGCCGUCUCUCCCAUACAGAGACACACCAUCUCCACACCCAAGCCCCUAUCUUCUCUUCUGGAUAAGAGGCCUGGAUACACCGACCUGAGUAUACCGGCAGACCACCUACUACGUACCUCACCAGGAACUCGUCCUGGCUCGGUGCUCCAGAGGGUGCCUAAUCUUGAAGCCUCAAAAUCCAUUUCAGUUUCAUGCAGGAACAGUGAUGAGAUUAAGAGGGACAUGUCCGUCACAGACGCCAGCACCCCUGCGUCAAUCAUCACUCUAGGCUCCUCCUCCCCACAGCUGUCCCUUCCCUCUAACUCCGCCUCCCCUACAGCCUCUGUCACGCCCACCAGUCGAGGACGCCUUAGGGAAGAGAGGAAAGAUCCUUUGUCUGCACUAUCGAGAGAGUAUGGAGGAUCUAAGAGGAACGCUCUGCUGAAGUGGUGCCAGAAGAAGACGGAGGGAUAUCAGAAUAUAGACAUAACCAACUUCAGCAGCAGCUGGAAUGACGGCUUGGCUUUCUGUGCUGUUCUCCACACCUAUCUGCCUGCCCACAUCCCCUACCAGGAGCUCAACAGCCAGGACAAGAGGCGGAACUUCACAUUAGCCUUCCAGGCAGCAGAGAGUGUGGGAAUUAAGUCUACACUGGACAUUGGUGAGAUGGUGCGCACAGAGCGACCUGAUUGGCAGAGUGUGAUGACUUAUGUAACAGCUAUCUAUAAGUACUUUGAGACCUGA